GUAAAAGUAAUAAAAGGUAAAAGCCGAACGAGAUGAUGCAUUACGAUCGAUAUUCCUACGAAUUUGUAACACGAACGAGUGAAUGGGUGUAGUAGUUCGAUUCGUGCUGCUUUCGCUGUCGUACUAAGCGCAAUCUAUGUGCGAUAGAACAACACAAUGAUAGUGAUAUAGACAGAGAGAGAGAGAGAGAGAGAGGACUCAGUCCAAUCGGGGCAAAAAGCGUGAUUGCGGUUAAUAAGGGAAAAAAAGCAAGUAGGAGGAAAAUAAGGUGCCUGGACGUAAAUGAAAGUAAGUAGUUCCCCAACGUGUUCCUGUUUUCAACUGGGCGUUGUCCUCGUGAAACAGUCGCAUUUCACUCUCGUUUCCAAUGAUGGACGACAACUGUGCAAGGUUAAGUGAGUUCGACAGCUACGAGAUGGUUAAAGCCUUGUAUGACUUCAAGGCCACAUUCGCCAAGACCCUCAGCUUCCGGGAUGGUGAAUAUUUUAUUUUGCUGCAGCGCAAUAUCAAGCAGAAAAACUGGUGGCAAGUUGUAAAUAGAGGCGGCCAUCUGGGCUACAUACCGUCAAAUUAUGUUACUCCUGUGAAGGUGCAGUCUCAGUUCAUGAUUGACUUCCUGGAGGACUGUAUAAUAACUCUGGAGACAGAGCUCAGUAAACAUAGCGACUUGCUACACACAGACAAGCAAGAUCUUCUAGCAAAACUGGUAGAAAGGAAAAGGCAAGUUGAAUUAAAUAGAAAACCUAAGAAGCAAGCGCCUAAACCACCACCGGAUUUAGAAGACAGCAUUACAUCCAAAGAAACACAAUCAAUCGGUGCCUGCGACAGUACCGAGACAGAUGUUAGAUCAGCGCCAAGUAAUACAUCUUACGUAACAGCACAAACUACCUUUCAUACUAACACGAAUACAAAUACCGUUCAAACAAUCGCACAAUGUCAACAACCAAGUGGAAGUGAACAUUGCUUACAAACGUUUCCUCGUCAGUCAUCCUCCGACACUGUGCAGAAAGUUCAGUCACAGGUCGCGGAAAUACGUAAGAGCUCUUCCCAAGGUAGCAUACAGAAUAUAUGCAGCAGCUCGCCAGUGAAGAGCAACUCGCCUGCUAAAAGCAGCUCGUCAGCUAAGAGCAACUUAUCGUUACAAGCCAUCAAUUCACGAAGCGCUUACCAACUGCUCGAUCAAGUACGCAAAAAUACUCAGCUUAGUUAUGAAAUGUCGAAGGUAGCAGUUACAGUCGUAGUAUCUGGCCUGCGGCAGUUGAUGCCAGAAACUGUAAGUCACUAUUUCGAUGCUUUGCUGCAUCAGCUACAAACACCACUGAACGUAUCAAAGAUGAGUAUAGAAGAAACUUACGAUGCUAAUAGGUUGAAAAUAAUUUUUACCGAAUUGACCUCAUGCAAAGAAGAUUCACAGCAAAGAAGUUGGAUGCUUUAUGAAGACGAAUCCAUCAUCGUGGAAUAUAUCAAAGAAUUGACCGAAAUAUUGACGAAUGCCGACGCAAAUGUGUCGAGAUACGUUUUGAGGCAAGAUCGUUACAAUGGAGUGACAAUAUUGAUACAAUAUUAUCAGAUGGAAACGAGAUGGACCAUCAGACAAUUGUUGUUGCAAUCGUUCGGUGUUAUGUGCAGUUUGGAUCCAGUGGUUCUAACUAUAAUGUUAAAUAGCAUUUUACCGAUGGAAUUAGCAAGAGAUAUGCAGAGUAAUCCCAGGAACGUACUGAGAUUGAAUUAUUCAUCUUUGCUACUUACAAUGAUCUUCUCGAUGGGCGAGCCUAUGCCAGUUACACAUUUGGAACAACUUGGUCCAGACUUCAUAUCGUUCCUCUUGGACCUAAUAGAAACACCACCCGAUACAGAUUUAGAGGAUCAAAUUCCAGACCUGUUCGUAAAUUUAAUAUUAUCCUACAAUCUGCAAUUUACAACAUCUGAAAAUAUAGUUCUAAAUGCCUUACGAGAGCGGACUGUGGCCAAAACAUUCACUGAAAAAAUUUUAUUCCUUUUUAACAGAGAAGAGGAUCCGGUACGGAUAUUCGAUCACGAGCCACCGCCACCGCACUCUGUGUUGAAACUCUUUAUCGACCUAUUUAGUAACGACGUUAUAGCAAGCCUCUUCUACACCAAUGAUGUGAAAGUUCUUAUUGACAUUAUACUACGGCAGCUUUUCGAUAUGUUCCCUGGUGAUAAGCGUCGACAAUACUUAGAGCUCUGCCGUCGAGUUCUGCGUACGUCGAGUUAUAACGAGCACCGCCAUCGGUCGGAAGACCUCUUAAAAUGUUUUACCAGGAUAUUCUGCGAAGAAACGACAGAAAGCCAGGAGGAUCAACAAGUAGUACGCGAAAUUAGCAACGAAUUUCCACAUUUGUUCAAAAUGUGACAUUUAAUUUCAUCCUCUGAUCAAGAUUUGGAAGAGGAUGAUCUGCAAACUCUCGUCUAAAUAAAUCCCGAAAACUUGUCGGAGAUAAAGAAGAAUCAAAUUUGCGACGAACUUGGUUAAAUUUUAUGGCUUGUUCCUUUGCUAUCUUCUACUAUAUUCAGUAAGAGGAAUAGUAAAACGCAGACUGUUUGCAGAAUAUUUAACGAUAUAAUAUAUUUUAUGACUGCCAUAAGUAUUUUUAUUUGGUUGGUGCUACAUCAAUCGUAGAUAGGUAAAAUUGUAAUUGUUUAAUAUUUGAAAAGCAUAUAGAAAAUAAGAAACAAGUCCUUUCCAUUCUUAUCAUGAGGACCAUUGAUAUCUAAAAGCAUUCCAACAUUCUAAUAACUAAAUUAUAUACCUUUUAGUAGUCUAAUUAAUCAUUCUGUAAUAGAUAAUUAUAAAUGGGGUAAUUUAUAUAUAUAUAUAUAAUAUAUAUAGAAAUAAAAUUGAAUAUAAACAUAUAGAGCUGAAUAUACGCAUCUCUACGAAUAUUGUUAAAAAAAGAUGGAGAAAUAUUAAUUAAAAUUGUAAUAUUAUUUCUCUAUAGUCUAGUCCACAUCUAUGUAUGUCCGAAAAAUAUUCUAAGUCAUAGAAAUUAAAUUCUAGCUUGUACCUUCCUUUUCAGAGAGAUAUAAAUACUUUUAC